ACUCUUUUUUUUUUUUUUUUUUUUUGAUUUUUUAUGGGAUAGUCAUAGACGAGUGAACGGAGCGCUUAGGUGGCCCGCCUAAUCCACCCAACCACGGCCACAUCUGUUGGGCACCUGCUCACUGCUCGGAGUUCUCAACCGCUGCUUUAAUGGCCAUAUGCUUCUCCUCACCUCCGGAUUUUAUCUCUCCUUCAAACAUCCAACCUCUCCUGCAACACUGCUCAAAUCCACACCACCUCACCCAAAUCCAUGCCAAAAUUAUCCGCUCAAAUCUCUCUUCCAACCCCCUUAUCGCCACGCAAUUACUACGCCUUUAUUCUUCAUAUGGAAAUCUCAACUACGCCACUUCAAUUUUCCAACAAAUUCAGUCUCCUUCAACCUUCCCCUGGAAUCUCAUAAUCAGAGCUCACACUAUCAACGGUUCUCCUUCUCUGUCUCUCACCCUGUACAAUCUUAUGAUCUGCGCCGGCGUUACACCUGAUAAAUUCACCUUUCCAUUCGUGAUCAAAGCUUGUUCCGCUUCUUUGAAUGUCGACAAGGGGAAGGAGGUUCAUGCUUUCGCUGUUAAAACUGGGUUUUAUGGUAAAGAUAUGUUUGUUAAGAAUACACUUUUGGAUAUGUAUGUAAAAUGUGGGGUUUUGGAGUAUGCACGCAAGGUGUUUGAUGAAAUUCCUGUAAGAAAUGUUGUGUCUUGGACUACUAUGGUUUCGGGUUUGAUUGGGUUUGGGGAGUUGGAUCAUGCUAGGAGACUGUUUGAUCAAAUGCCGGUUAGAAAUGUGGUUUCUUGGACUGCUAUGAUUAAUGGGUAUGUGGCGAAUGGGAGGCCUCAAGAGGCGUUCGAUUUGUUCUCCGAGAUGCAGCCGGAAGGAGUGAGGCCUAAUGAGUUCACUCUUGUUAGCUUGCUGAGAGCGUGUACAGAAAUGGGGAGUCUUAACUUAGGGGCUUGGGUACAUGAUUAUGCUUUGAAUAAUGGGUUUCAAUUGGGUGUCUACCUUGGGACUGCCCUCAUUGAUAUGUAUAGUAAGUGUGGUAGUUUAGAAGAGGCGAGGAAAGUGUUUGAUUUGAUGGAAAUAAGGAGCUUAGCUACUUGGAACUCCAUGAUUUCUAGCUUCGGUGUGCACGGGUGUGGGGAGGAGGCAUUGGCAGUUUUUGAGGAAAUGAUGGAGGAAAAGAUAAUGCCUGAUGCAAUCACAUUUGUUGGGGUACUGAGUGCUUGUGUUCAAACAGAUAGAGUGGAUGAAGGUUUAAAUUACUUUAAAUUCAUGACUCAAGUGUGUGGUAUUAUGCCUGUUUUAGAGCAUUAUGUUUGUAUGUUUGAGCUGUGGGGUCGGGCCAAGGUUAAUGCCGAGACCAGAUCAUACAAUGGUCAAAGAUUUUUACUGAGGACUGGAACUUUGAUGUUCUAGGAAAGCCUUUACGGUAGAUGAGUUCCAUGGAUAUUUAGAGUGUGUAUCAUGUCAAUGACCGUGCUGCUGAUUUCUGAAAGAAGAUGCGAGCUGCUGGGAUAUAGAGCAAAGCUGCUAAUUUUGAGUCAAUCAGAGGCCCAUUUUUUAGGUGGUUCAUCCUGCAAGCAUGGAUUUCAUGAACUAUACAAUGCCAUCCAGGCUGACAUCCCAACCCGGGGGUAUACUCGAUUUUUGAUGAACUGCCUAUGAUGGAGGCUUGGAGGAUCAUAAACUCGGGGAGUCAGCAUAUCAGAGCUGAGUUCAGAGUGCUCACUUACAUUUCAGAGUAGAGAGAAAAUUUUGCUUAAAAUUCGGGGAAGAUGCAUGAUUGGGCUCCACCGCUGAUAGCUUCAGCCCUGUUUGCACUCCUCCAACCAGGUUUGAUCAUUCAAGUACCCGGAAAGCAACAGUCAGUCGGUUUCAUGAGUAUGAAUACCAGUGUAGGAUCCAUUCUUUUCCAUGUUGUUAUCUAUGGUUUGUUGCUUAUGUUAUUUCUUGUUUUUCUUGAUAUCCAUCUCUAUGUCUAAGAUGGCAGCAGAAUUUUUAGUAAACUGAAGCUUCUUAGCUUUAAGUAAUAUCUGAAGAGAGGGAAGGAGGAGUUUUUGUUCUGGUUGAAUUUGGAUUGUGUUCUCUGUUUCUGCUGUACUGCAGUCUGCAUAAAUAAGAAACAAAUUGGUCAUGUUGCAAACUGUUUCCAUAAAAAUCUUCAAGUUUGGUAUGGAUUGAGGGAAAUCCCUGUUCUGAAACUAUCACGGCCGUAGUCUGAUUCACUGACUGAUUUGUCCUGGUGAGCUCGAACGUUGCAGUUUUCAAGUGCUUUUUUGGGUACUUUAUCUAAUGAGGCCAAACAUUGGUGGCUUUGAUUUUCUUUUUCUUUUAAAUUUAAGCAUGUAUUCCUACUAUAAUUCGCACUACUAUGAUUGAUGUAUGGAGGUAGUAGCUACAGUAUAUUAAUGGUUGAUGUGCUAAUGUUAACUUAUUUAGUCAGACUCGUAAUAUUUAAUUGCUGUCGGAGGUUCUGCUUCUUUGAACUCGGAGCUAGCCUGAGUAUGAUUGCUCUGUGCUUUCGAAUUUAUCUGAAGUUGGAGUA